AUGGCUUUGGUACCACCUGAAAAAGCAGCUUCUUCAGAUAGCAGCAGUGCCUCUGAAGAAGAAAUGCUGUUUCAGAAACCCAAUGGUGAUGAUGACGAUUUGACGUAUUGUAGUUCUGAACCGAGAUCAUAUCCAUCAUCUUUAGAUUGCAUGCACAUUUUCUCAAGUUCCGAUGAAGACGAAAAUGUUGAGCCUGAAAAUGUAGGACUAGCACGAGAAAACCCAACUUUAUCCGAUGAAGAUACCGUUCCACUAUCUCCUGUUAUUCAAGAAAUGUUUCCUACUGGUCAACCUCAACAACAACUCCCUUUCAUGCUACAUUCAGUUUCAUCCGUUUUGUCGCCAUUAGACUCGCCAGCUAAUAAAACUCGUUCAAAAAGAGCAGCUAAUACUGUGCCUCGACUUACAACCAAACGAGUAAAGAAAUUUGUUAGGAAACCUUUAAAAUUUAAAUGGAAAUCUGUAAAAUUUGAACACGCUGCAACAGUUGAGUUACCUGAAUAUCAACCCCCUUUAGAAGCCACAGCGAAAACGCCUUUAGAUUAUUUUAGAACUUUUUUAUCCGACGACGUAGUUCACCCCAUCCUCAUCGCCGAUAAUACUAACUUGUAUUCAGUACAAUGUGCAGCUACCAAAAGUAUCAAUGUCACCAAUGAAGAUAUAAAAGAUUUUAUUGCCAUAACGAUACUAAUGGGUGUUGUUCAGUUGCCAUCUUAUCGUGAUUAUUGGAGUAAUAGGCUUAGGUUUUCUAAAAUUGCUGAUGUUAUGCCACUAAGAAAAUAUGAAAAAAUUAGAAAGUACCUCCAUUUUUGCGACAACUCAAGUAUGAAUGACGAUCGGUAUUUCAAAGUUCGUCCAAUACUAGAACGAAUCCGACUGAACUGUUUACACCUCGAAGAAGAAGGGCGUUUUAGUAUAGACGAGAUGAUGGUCCCCUACAAAGGAACUAGAGCUGGAAGUAGGAGACAAUAUCUGCCGAAGAAACCGAAGAAAUGGGGAUUUAAAAUUUUUAUUCGUGCGGGGAUCUCUGGCGUAGUCUAUGAUUUUAUCCCUUAUGCUGGCGACGAUACUUUUAGGAAUCAUUGUUUUUCGGACUACGAAAACAGCUUAGGUCUUGGGGCAAAAGUAGUCUUAGCAUUGUGUCAAACUAUAAAAAAUAAACCUGCAACAGUUUACUUUGAUAAUUUUUUUACAUCCUUAGAAUAG